AUGAAUGCGAAUUACAAACAUUGUGACAAACACAUUGUUAAAGGAACAACAAUGGCGGUUGAAGGAGCGACACCAGAAAAAAGCGAUGGCCCGAAAGUUAACGAAACAUUCCUUGCAGCUAAAGAUCGUUAUGGUGAAAUCCUAGCUGACGUUUAUAAUGCUCGUGGUACUUUAAAUGAAAAAUACCGUAAAGAAGCAGUGGAAAAAUUAAAUGUUACAGCAUCGUAUCCCUCGGGUAUACCACAAAUCGAUUUUACACCAUUGAUACCUCCAGAAUUAAGAGGUGAUGUUGGCAUUGUUAAUGAUUUGUCAAAAAAGCUAGGUGAGGCUGUACGACAUAAACAACGAAUUGCUCGGGCUAAUUUUAUUUGUGACCACAAAGCCAACCAACUGCUUGGGAUUUUCGAAAGAAGUACAGUAAAAGAGACAAGAUGGAAAGAAUUAUUGGAUUUAAUCAAUGAAACCAAGUAUGAACAACAAUGGACUGGAAGUAUGCCGAGUGUCGAAUGGUUUAUGCGGCGAAAAGCUGGAAUUCUCAUAGGGGGUGUGAGUCUUUUUACGGAACACUUACUCACAAUUUUUUCCGGUCGAUCUUCCCAUGACCAAGACAUCGAUAAUUCAUUGGUAUUUCCACAGUCAAGCCGAUUGAUAGCAGAAGAUGACGAUGGAUUAAAACCUAUUAUGGUUCGUUUAUGGUUCGCUAAAGCAUCAGUACGAAAAUAUGAGAUCAGUAUGUGA